CGGCGCAACGCGCGGAGGCGAAGUGGCUGCGGCCCGGUAGCGGGCGGAGAGCGGACGCUGCCUUCCGCGCGCCUGCGGCCCGCAGGGUGACUGCGCAGUCAAAGAUGUCGCCGUCUGUUACGCCCUGUGGGGACCGGUGACGGGUAGGGGCGGAAGUUCUGAGAAUACAUCGAGAAGGGAGGUAAAAGCUGCUUCCGGCCGCCGGCGCCGGAGUCCGUGGAGAAUGUAAGGUCCUGGAGACAGAAGGCACAGCCCACCACGCAGAACCACAUGGGAAAGACCGGCGUGGCCAGGAGGCGGAAGACAGGAGCCAGGGGAAAGCAUGAGGCCAGAGCCUUCACUGGGAUUUCCUUGGGGGAAAGGAAGAGAACAGCCCAUCUUCACCACCCGAGCGCACGUCUUCCAGAUUGACCCCAGCACCAAGAAGAACUGGGUGCCUGCAAGCAAGCAGGCGGUCACCGUUUCCUACUUCUACGAUGUCACGAGGAACAGCUAUCGGAUCAUCAGUGUGGACGGAGCCAAGGUGAUCAUAAACAGCACAAUCACACCGAAUAUGACUUUCACCAAAACAUCGCAGAAGUUUGGGCAGUGGGCCGACAGCAGAGCCAACACGGUGUUUGGUUUGGGGUUUUCCUCUGAGCAGCAGCUGACAAAGUUUGCAGAGAAGUUCCAGGAGGUGAAAGAAGCUGCCAAACUAGCCAGAGACAAGUCCCAGGAGAAAAUCGAGACCUCGAGUAAUCAUUCCCAAGCAUCCAGCGUCAAUGGGACGGACGAUGAAAAGGCCUCUCAUGCGGGUCCAGCCGACACACACCUCAAGUCUGAGAAUGACAAGCUGAAGAUUGCGUUGACGCAGAGCGCGGCCAACGUGAAGAAGUGGGAGAUCGAGCUGCAGACCCUGCGGGAGAGCAACGCCCGGCUGACCACGGCGCUGCAGGAGUCGGCGGCCAGCGUGGAGCAGUGGAAGAGGCAGUUCUCCAUCUGCCGCGACGAGAACGACCGGCUCCGCAACAAGAUCGACGAGCUGGAAGAGCAGUGCGGCGAGAUCAACAGAGAGAAGGAGAAGAACUCCCAGCUGAAGAGGAGGAUCGAGGAGCUGGAGGCAGAACUCCGAGAAAAGGAGACGGAGUUGAAAGAUCUCCGCAAACAGAGUGAAAUCAUACCUCAGCUCAUGUCAGAGUGCGAGUAUGUCUCUGAGAAGCUGGAGGCCGCGGAGAGAGACAACCAAAACCUGGAAGACAAAGUGCGUUCUCUGAAGACGGACAUUGAGGAGAGCAAGUACCGGCAGCGCCACCUGAAGGUGGAGCUGAAGAGCUUCCUGGAGGUGCUGGACGGGAAGAUCGACGACCUGCACGACUUCCGCCGCGGCCUCUCCCAGCUGGGCGCCGACAACUAGCGCGCCGUGAGUGCCGCGCGUCCUCCCGCGUGUCGCUUCGCCCUGCAGGCGGCGCCUGCGCGUCCCCGGCCAGUCGCGCCGCCGCCCCUCCUGUCCGGAGCCCACGGCUCCUUCGCCCCCGGCCUCGGGAGGCUCUGGACGCCCGGAAGGUUCUGACUCAGGAAUCCAGAACUAGGUCUACCUAAACCACUUACGCAGUCAGGGCAGGGACGUUUCUAUCUUUCCUAAGGGCUGUUGCAACCAUGAGAACUGAAAAAAAGUAUUUUCUAAUCCAAAUAUCAGCGUUCUUCACGCCAGGCCACGCGGCUCCUUUUAGCGAGUGGCCUUCAGCUGUUGGAACGUCCCCCGGGACGGUCCCAGGGGCACAGCGGGACCACGCCCCUCUCGGUAACGCCGAGACGCUUUCAAACAACCCGUUGGUGGCGUCUCGGCCAGAGAGAACAAGCUGCGGCGGGCCGCCCGCAUCCGCCCUGCUGGCCGGUUCUUACGGUUGCGACAACGUCCCUUUUCUUGGUUUUAAUUUCUGAGCAGAUGAUUGUGCUGUGAGAACAGCACCCAGUGAGGGGCCUGGCACGGUGCCUGGCACGAAGUAGGUGCUUAAUAAAUAUUUGUUCAGUUAAACAUAGAAACAGAAUUUAGUGUGUUAAUCAAACCCCACAACAGAACUCAAACCCCUGUUGAGUGAUGCUCUGCCCCAUCCAUGAUGCUCUUCCCGGGGCUCUGUGACCCUGGAACCGCCUUCUCCAGGCAAGGAGGCCUGUGGCCAGGGGAUUCCAUGGUUUAGGGGCUGCCUAGAGCUUGGUGGGAUCUAGGGUGGGAUCCUAUUAAGGGUUUGCGCAGUUGAGGAGAAAUCACACAGGCCCAUGAGGGAGAGAGCACAGCUUUGAGCCUUGGCCUUCUCAGCAGAGAAACCCUGCUGGGCUCCGCCUCUUGCCUGUCUCAGUUCCUGCUAAGGAAGGGACAGGAGCCAUAAACCCCUCCUCUCUGACAGCUGCUCAGCGGGGCCACGGGCAUUUGGGUGCUGCUGGCAUCCCCCAUUAGCAGGGACUGCCCGCGCACGGCAAGAUGUUUGGAUCCUUGGCCCUGCACAUUUCUAAAUGCCUUGGGCGGGGGAGGCUUUGGUGCCCCCUUACCCCUUUGAGACCACCUAAGAGAACUUCUCGCUCUGGAAACAUUUUUGCACAUGGACGUGGUUAGGGUUUGGCAGCCUGCAGAGGGGUGGGGUCUACAGACGUGACCCGGCCCCAAGGUGAGCGUCCAAGUCCUGCUGCUCUGCUUCCCUGUGCUGAGACGGCUCUCUGAGCUGGGACGUCUUGUCUGGGAUGGGGAUAGAAGGGAAGGCUGGUGACCUGCAGCACCAGGACUUUAGGGGAGGCCCCGCAGGUGGGGUGGGGGGCUUUGGUCGAAUACAUGGGGCUCUUGGCAGACAGGAAAUGGGAAGCGUGGUCUGCCCUCUAGCUGAUUCGAGCUAGGGCGCUGCUGGACCUGCCGUUUCCCCAGAGCUCCCACGUGGCUCUCAGGACAGUUGGUAGCAGCUCCCUACUGGCUGUGCCAGGAGACAAGAGAGCUGGCCUGGCUGAGAGUUGGCCCCGUGGCCCAGAAGGGAAUAGAGGGGCUUCCUCUCAAUCCAGCCUUGGCCCACCUAUCCACAGACUGGGCAGGACCAGGGGAUGCUGGGAUCCAGAAACCCUCAGCUUGGGUCUUUAGAUGACCUCCACCUCUGUUAGGUGACGUAUUAAUCUAGAAGGAGCCAUCUCGACUGACUGGAGCGUGCUCAGGUGACGUGUUCAUCAUAGGAUAAUUGCUAAAGUCACUGACGCAUUCCAGCAUCAGCGACUUUAGAAAACCUUGAAAGUGGAAGCCUAGGAAACGUAGGAGGAGCCAUCGCCACCGAGGGCUACUGUGAGGUCGAGACCCCUGUCCCGGCUCACCAGCCAUCGCAGAGUUUGGUGAGCAUCUUGCAGGUAGCAGGUGAGGAACGUAGAUUCCUCGUCCCCCCCACCCAGCUCUAAAACUUGCAGCCCCGGAGCUGAGAGUCACAGGGAAAGGUAAGUUGGGUUUGGCAGUGAGAGCACCGCUUGAUGAAAGCACUGAACUUCCCAUCCUCCUGCUUCUCUCUGAAGAUCUUAGUGUUUCUUCAUGUACUUUCUUUAAAAAUAAUAAUAAUGCCCAGGAACAACCGAGGCAGUCAGUCGGAGACUGGCCCUCUCUGACAGCCGCUGGCGCUGUGGACAGUGGACUCAGUUCAGUGAAAAUGCCCCGCUGAAUUUAUCCUGGUGUUCACUUGGGCUGGUGUGACACACCCUUAUGCAUUCCGAUGUCCCGCCCAGUCUUAGUACCGCUCUGGGUGCGGGCAGGACACAAGCCCUUCCCUCCUGAGCGUGGUGGCCACGUUGUGCUGCCUGGGAGGUGUAGCCAGGACUGUGUUUUCAGUUUCCAGAUGGGGUCUCCCAGUUUUUGACGUUUCCAAGACUGGCUUUCUGCAUCUGGGAAACCUGGGGUGUAAAACGGGCCAAUGAAAACUUGGAACCUCUUUACCCAUGAGGAUCUUUAAAAAUAAUUUUUCAUUCUAGUCAAGACCCAACUGGAUGCAUUUUAAAGUUGGGAGCAGUGAGGAAGUCAUCCCAGUGCCUGGGGAAUGGAGACCACCAGUGUGGUCAGGCUGUGAAGGGAAAGAGAACCAGUGUUCACGUGAGACCUUGAACUCGUGCAGCCCCUCGGUUGCAUCUCUGCUGCGGGCAGUCGCUUUAGACCUUAAUCGAGUGAGUGGACUGGGCAGAGAUUGUUACCCGCAUUUUGCAGACAGGAAGCAGAGACAGAGAAAGUGAUGUACCCAGGGUAACCCACCUGUGACCAGUAGCGUGGGCUCUGCAUCCAGAUGUCCUGGGCCUUGGUACAGUGUCUUUCUGAGCCAAGUGGCUGUUCCCCUUUUGGUGACCCUUGGGUGCCAAGAGAAAAAAAAUUCUUAUGUAUCCUGAUACGAGCACAUUGCAAUUAUAUCAUUUUAAUAUGUGUCCAUAGUAAAGAGCAAUUUACAAAGGCAUGAAUCAGAAUCACCUUUAGGAAUGAUGUUCUUUAUAAACAGUAAGUUCCACUUUUGAAUAAUUCUGGUUUUGCAAGGAUCUCUCCAAGAGAGUUGAUUAAAAUGACCGUGCUCUGAGAGGUCGAUUGUAUGGAACACGAACUCACCUGGAGUUCUUUAUUGAUGGCUUUAGCGGAGGCAGAGCAAUUAGUUCAAAACAAGCGGGAGGCCCUGAAAUUGCACGGACACAAACAGAGUCCUGGCUGGGAGGUGGCCUGUCCGCUGCCCGCCCCCUUCCUGGAGACGAGCUCUUCCUGGGGAGGGAGAAGGCUCGCCUGGUGGUUGGAGUGGGUCGGUGGAACCCGGCCAGCACCCAGGAUGACUGUGCGCAGAGGGCGGUUGUCCGCGAUUGCGGGCUCCGUGAACACAGCCUCAUGGUGGCUGGCAGGCCCCUGGCUGGUGUGGACUGUUUUCGUGAAACAUCAAGCAAAGGGUGGAACAUAGCACAGUUCGUGUGCUGCCCAGAAGCAUUGUGACGUGCCCAUUGUGAAAGGCCUCUUUCUCUAUAGAAAAGUCUCCUUUGUAGAAACUAGCACAGCUUUGCAUAAGAACCAACCACAGGGUGUGCCGGGGACCUUAUGGUGGGACCUCACACGUGGCCAGGUGCACCCUCGGAAAGAGGGCAGCUGCGAGUGACUCAGUGUAGGCUCUUGGUGGAGCCGCCGUGUGCGGGUGAGCCGGCCGCUUCUCCCCGCUAACAGCCCGCAGUGGGUUGCUUGUGCCAUUCAUCCUUCUAGAAGUUAUGAUUCUUUUAUUCCCUUGAAAUGCCACUGGAUUUGAAGCACUUGCAAACUAGAAGCUUUGUACAUCAAUGUCCAUAUGUAUUUUUAAAUGAUGUGCAUGGUUUAAAAGGACUCUAAUAUCUGAGUACAUGGCUUCCCCAGAGACAUAGUGUAUGUUCUGGGGAUGGCGGAGGGUACCGGCAUGGAGAAGGAAUCCUUUCUAGAAAUGUGUGAUUUACAUGUCUCUUGCAUGUACCUCUCUCAAGAAUGUGGGUUUUCUAGUCGACUGGGCAAGCGAGAAGGUGACUUAGGUAAGAAUUUUUAGUGGGAUGAAAUGUUCCGGUGAGCUUAGGACUCCGUGUGUGCGCUGGGCAGGAAGUAGCACGGGGAAGUGGGAGCAACGGUGAGGAAGAGAUUUCAAUAACAAACAUGUAGACCUAAGAGGAGAACUUAUUUUCAUAAUUCUGGUAGUGAUGUUCUGUAUUCUGGAAUCCAUUCACAAGGAGAGCGUGCGGGGCUGUGUUUGCAGAAUUGUACAGCGCCCUGCUCUCUCUGACGGCGCGGCCGGUGUGUGUUUUGGCAGGUGACUGGCAGCGCUGACAGUGUGCAGCUGUGUGGAGGUGUCACUGUUCUUACCCUGCUGUUACGCUUUUAAUAGGUCUUGACUUUACAUCAUUUGUAGCAAUGUCUUAUGGUGUGACAGCCAAGAAGACAUUUCUUGCAUCAAAUAAGUACGGGGUGGAUAAGUGGAGUCUCCCAAGAGUACUGCGUUAUUUUUUCCCCCUUUUAAAAAUGAUUUUUGGUAUAUAAAUAAUAUAUACCUUUUUUUAAAAAAAGAAACUGCAGAUGAAUGGAAAGAAAAAAACCACUUGUUAUUACACCAUCUGAUUAUAACCACUGUUAACAUGUCAGUAUAAAUCUUUCAGACAUUUUUCUAUGCAUCUAUAUUUGUUUUAUUUCUUUUUCCAUGAAAUACACAUACUGUUUUAUAACUUUUUUUUCCCCUUUAAAUACUAUAUUGUGAAUAUGUUUCUAUAUUAGUAAAUAUGUAAUUACAUCACUUUUAACAUUUAUGUAGGUUGUACCUUGGAUACUUAGAUUGUUUCCUGUUUUUUACUGUUGUAGUCAAGGACAUGAUGAAAUUCUUCUAACAUUUUUUGUGAACUUUUCAGACUAUUUACUUAGGAUAAUUUUCUAUAAUUGGACUUGCUGGCUGCAAAGAAUGCCCCUUCGUAUCUGCGGCUCUUUUCCUUCCUGGGCAUACGGGAGACUUCACUCUCCAGCCCCUGUAGGCAUUCAGGAUCCAGCCAUUAAUUCUGGCCAAUGACAUGUGAGCAGAGGUGACUUAUGGAACUCUAGGCUGAGACUGUGAAGUGCCCAUGUGCAGUUGUGCAGUGUGUGUCCCCUUUUCUCAGCAAAUGGUGACGUCGUAGGGGUGGAGUCUCUGUCAGCCUGGGUCCCUGAGUGACUGUGUGGAGCAACUGACUCCUCUCCUUCCUCAUCCUACACUCUGCACAGACAUGUAGGAUGAAUAAAGAAUAAACCUUAAGUGUUACACUGAGAUUCCAGGGUCAGUUUGUUACUGGAGCAUAACAUAUCCUGCCCUAACUAUCAAUAAAAAGGGUAUGUACAUUUUUA